UCACUGGACCGUCCCAACGUCAAUAUUGUAUUCUGGUCGUUGAUUGGUUCAGGGAGAACCUCCUCCGUUGGAGCUGAUUGAUACGGGAGAACCCACCCUCAGGAGGACAGCAGGGGGCGCUGGUGAAGCACUUUAAUCACAGCUUCAAUAAUGGAUAAAUAAUAAUAAUUAUAUUUAUUACACAGGUCUUUUCAACGUUCCGUUCACUUGCAUGGGCACUUCACAACUUCCGGCGGUCAAUUAUUUUUUGAUAAUUCAUUGGCAACGGAUGAAUAAUGACGCUGUCAAGGUAAACAAAAGGACUUUUUGCCUUUGGUAACACUCCGCACGUAGUCAGGUAACUUGUCAAUGUAAUAAGCGGGAUAUGUAUCACCCAAGCGCUGCCGGUUGCUAAGCGACGACGUCAACGUCUUGGGCGGACUAUUUCUCUGCUGAUCAACACUAUGAAUGCUGCUAACAAAUACAUUGUAAAUAAAUUGUUUCGUUUUGGCCGUGUAAUAAGCGGGAUAAUGUAUAGAACUUUGCCGGUCAUUAUCGUAAAAUAAGCCCCUUCAUGGCGAAGCAAGACACCUCCGCUGCGCGUCGGUGUCCUGUUCGCCCUGUCUGGGCUUAUUUUCUCGAUAAUGACCGGCGUUCUAUACAUUAUCCCUUACAUAAUGACUGCUACUAAUUAUCUCUGUGUGGUUAAUUAGCGAUUUUGUCAGCUUACUGUGACAUCCAACUGUAAUCAGACAACGCGGUUGUAUGCUAUAGACCAGGGGUGUCAAACUCAACUUACCUGGGGGCCGCUGGAGGUAGAGUCUGGGUCAGGCUGGGCCACAUUCCACAGAAAAAAGGAGCACAACUGACCCAAUCUAAGUUAAUGAUGGGGCUAUAAUUAGAUCACGUUGGCUAUGUAAUCGCUGACAACAGGGGACAUUUCAUAGUGGUUGGUGGUAACCGGGACAUUUCAGCGUCCUUUGGCUUUUGUCGGGAGUCAGGACACGCAACUUAAAUUUGGGACUGUCUGGUCACCCAGACAGUCCAAGUGAUAAAAAAGCCUGGCAACACAUAUAUAAAAUUAAAAAAAAAAGCGUGGCAAGCCACUCAGCUAAAAUGUGCGUUUGACAACAACGAGCGGGCCGCACUAACACUAAACUGAUGUCAAGUAGGGGGCCACAAAUGAUCAUCCGCGGGUCUCAAUUGGCCCCCGGGCCGCGAGUUUGAGACCCCUGCUAUCGACCCUAGAGUAUCGGUGGUAUAAAGGCUGGGACAAAUUUAGAAUUAUAAAUGUGUACACUUUAUUGUUUAAAGUAUAGACCGUCGCGAUACCCAUUGAAACGAAUGGCGCGUGAUUAUUCUUCAAAACGAGAGCUGGUCAAUUGUGAAAAAUGAAUUAAACUGUAAUCAGACAACGCGGUUAUAUGCUAUAGACUCCAGAGUAUCUGUGGUAUAAAGGCUAGGACGAAUUUCGAAUUAUAAAUAUGUACAAUCCACAACGUUAGCUCUCUGGCUCAUAGCGCAGCGGACUAGAAUACCUCUCUUUGGCAAGUGACCAUGGUAUAAGCGGGAUAAUGCCCUUCGAGGUGUCCAAAACGUGUUUGAUCUAUCGUAAUUAAAGGGGACUACUUUUUGAGGGAGAUGAACUCAAACAGAGUAUACAUUUAGUAAGCAUGCAAUACGAAUAAGAAAAAACACAAUUAUUUAAGUAUUUAAAUUGUUUUAUUAUGGUGGCAAGCAAGAAGUAGAAUAAAUGGGUUUGUGCAACCAACCGCACAACAAGACAUGAUUGCGGCUCUUUUCGGUCUCGUCUCUUUCUGCCAAUGACAUGCGCGUAGAGCGGGAAAUGACGUAGUAGAGUGACGUAGACUGAUAAUCCCUCUAUAGCACAGCAUGCUAUUAUACCACAACAUGCUAAUAUAACGCGACACUGUUAUAUACCACAACAUGCUAACAUACCACAACACGCUAAUAUACUGUACAGUGACACGGUUCUAUACCACAACAUGCUAAUAUAUCGCGACACUGUUCUAUAGCAUAACAUGCUAAUAUAGCAGAACAUGCUAAUAUACCGCAACACUGUGUAAACCAAAACAUGCUAAUAUAUCGCAUCACUGUAAUAUAGUACAACAUGCUAAUAUACCACAACAUGCUAAUAUACCGCAACACUGUUCUAUAGCACAACAUGCUAAUAUACCGCGACACUGUUCUAUAGCACAACAUGCUAAUAUACGCGACACUGUUCUAUAGCACAACAUGCUAAUAUACGCGACACAGUUCUAUGGCACAACAUGCUAAUAUACCGCAACACUGUUCUAUAGCACAACAUGCUAAUACACCGCGACACCUUAAUGAGCUGAGGGCUCCUAUCCUAGGGGACUCCCCAACACUCACUUUGAGUCGAGUGCAGGAAGCGUGUUAACAGACGGGGGGACACGCAGUGUUGACAUGUUGUCUGAUCGGCUAGGGCCCCGGGGACGGCGGGCCUGGCCUCAGGUCCAUUAGCCGGCUCAGUAUUGAUCCGAACCGGGGCACUUAUUCCCGGGCCCUGGGCGGGGCCCGGGAAUAAGGAGACUCCGAAGGAGCGUCUCCACACAGACUCACACAGCCGGGACUGACGCGGUGAGAGAAGCUUCCCUUGUUUCUGGACAGUCGGUGUGGACUUGAUUCCAGGAGAAUGCCGUCAGAUUUGAAAACCCUUGGGGCGGUGGAGAUGGUCCUGGGUCUGGUGGACCUCUCUCUGGGGGGCGGUCUCAUCAAGGUGCCCACCUUCUUCAAGAAGGAGCUGUUCGUGGUCUUCAUCGCCGGGGGUCUGACGCUGUUCACCGGCUUCACCCUGGUCUGGGGCGGGAGGAGACCGUCCUACUGCUGUGUGCGCUACAACGUGUCGACCAACCUGGCCACGGUGCUGAUCUGCGCCGUGGCGUUCGGCACGCUGGUCCGCCACGUCCCGUACCGGCAGCACAAGUACUGCAAGGACUACUACUGCGGCUCGCUGGACGGCCACAGCGUGGCGCUGAUCAACAGCCUGAUGGCCGUCCUGGUCGCCUGCUUCCUGAUGCAGACGCUGGUCAGCCUCGCCGUGGUUCUGAUUGGCCUGUACUUCAUGCUGGGGGACGGCCCACAGGACCUUGAGGCCCCUCCCUGUGGGACCAGCACCACCGCUGAGCCCCUCUUCCUCAUGGGGGACCCCAGCUACGCCGAGCCAAUCAGAGUCAGUGGCCCCUUCAGCGAGCCCUACCCAGAACCAAUCAGAAUCACAGGACCGUUCAACCAAGACUGCCCAGAGCCAAUCAGAUUCCCCGGCCCAGUCAACCAGAACUACCAGGAACCAUUCAGAAUGAGCGCACCGUGAAACCAGGAAGACCCAGAACUAAACAGAACUGUAACCCAGGACAGACAGACAGACAGACAGACAGACAGACAGACAGACAGACAGACAGACAGACAGACGGACAGACGGGCAGACACACAGGCAGACACACAGGCAGACAGACAGACAGACAGACAGACAGACAGACAGGCAGACAGACAGGCAGACAGACAGACAGACAGACACACAGACAGACAGACAGAAAGACAGAAAGACACACAGGCAGACAGAAAGACAGAAAGACAGACAGACAGGUAGACAGACAACCUAUUAGUCAUAAGGUGUGUGAUUGUUGAUUCUAAAUAAGAGAUCCUGUCCAGUUUUUACUUAUUUUUUGAGUUGUGGUUUAAAUCUGCUGUCUGAGACGAAGGUUUGUUCUGAGAUUUUUUUCUAUAACAUUGUCUCCGUAUCCGUCUCUGUCACGUUGCUUCACUUGCAGGUGAUGCGUCGCUACUCUUCCAAUGGUGUAUGUAUGACAUUUUUAGAGUUACAGUCACUCAAUUAAAAGAGUCACAACAACAUUUAAA